UCAUGCUGCUGCCAGGUCCAGAGUCUCUCAUGGGUCCCUGUACGGCCUCCCAUUGCUGCUGUCUCCAUCGCCACACUCUGCCAUGUGCCACUUUCAGGUCUCCCUCACACUGCUGGUGGGUUCCAUUUUGUCAUAGGGUGCUGGCAGAUUACGGGGCCUCCCAUUGCUGCUGCCAGGCCCGUAAUCUGCCAUGGGCCCCCGUACCGCCUCCUCAUGCUGCUGCCAGGUCCAGAGUGUCUCAUGGGUCCCUGUACGGCCUCCCAUUGCUGCUGUCUCCAUCGCCACACUCUGCCAUGUGCCACUUUCAGGUCUCCUCACACUGCUGGUGGGUUCCAUUU